UUACUUUAUAUACAAAACAAUUACUUCAUUGAUAUUAAUGUUUAUUAUCAAUGGAUAGCAAAAACAGAAGCAAUGAGUCACCCAUUUUGACCAUCAAAUUACCAGAAGUAUCAAAAUUGGCCAAAAAACGUGAGGACACGGAUGAUGCCAGUGAUGACAACACAAGUGACACUCAUAACGAAUCCAACGACGAUAACAGCAUCGGUGGUGAAGACAAAUUAGAUAACAGUAUUGGCAAUCAAAGUAUCAAUAAAGAUGGUAAUAACAAACCAAAAACAGAUGCAAAAGAUGCUAUUAAAGACAUCGAAGAUAAAGAAAAGAUGGAAGCGUUGAAACAAAAGAUGGAAGAAGAAGAAAGAGAACGCAUGCAAGUUCUUGUAUCAAACUUUUCUGAAGAACAGCUAAAUCGAUAUGAAAUGUACAGACGAUCGGCAUUUCCAAAGGCAGCCAUCAAAAGAUUGAUGCAAUCCAUAACAAAUUGUUCGGUGUCUCAGAAUGUAGUUAUUGCUGUCUCCGGAAUCGCUAAAGUAUUUGUUGGUGAAGUUGUCGAAGAAGGUUUGGAUGUAAUGGAACAAAAUGGAGAGACUGGUCCUCUUCAGCCAAAACAUAUUCGUGAAGCGGUUCGCAGAUUAAGACAGAAAGGAAUUAUACCAAACAGGAGAUCAAGUCUUUAUAAGUCACCGACAUUUUUGUAAAUAUCUUAAAAUCAUUGCAUAAAAAUUAUUUACAAUUUUUUAUAAAUAUUGUA